UCAGGUUCUGUAUAAUAGAAGGCCCGGAGACGGUCCAGGACUUUGCAGCCAUGGAGUUACAGGAAAUUCAGGACAAUAUUCGGAGUCGCAGGAAUAAAAUCUUUCUGCAGAUGGAAGAGGUUCGUCGGCUUAGGAUACAGCAAAGACUUAAAAGUGCUGAGCUUGGGAUUGUAAAUGACGAGCAGGAAAAUGAGCUUCCUGAUUUCCCUUCAUUUAUUCCAUUUUUGCCGCCAUUGAACUCAUCCAACCUGAAAGUAUACUAUGCCACCUGCUUCACACUUAUUGCUGGAGUCAUGCUUUUUGGAGGACUUUUAGCUCCCACCUUUGAUGUUAUAGAUUUGUUUCUCCGUAUAUCUGGUCAAGUUGAUCCAAUUGUGGCGUCAUUCACUGGAGGAGCAGUUGGAGUAAUAUCUGCCUUGAUGGUGGUUGAAAUAAACAAUGUCAAGCAGCAGGAAGAUAAGAAAUGCAAGUACUGUCUUGGUACAGGGUAUCUCGCUUGUGCUCGUUGUGCAAGCACUGGAUCUGUUGAUCCAGUCUCCACAUUAAAUGAAGUGGAUCGACCUCUAUCACCGCCUAAGUCAGAAAGGUGUUCUAAUUGUUCGGGGUCUGGGAAGGUCAUGUGCCCUACGUGUCUCUGCACAGGAAUGGCUAUGGCCAGUGAGCACGACCCACGGAUCGACCCAUUCGACUGAUUUUGGGAGGCGAAAGAUUUUCUUUCUUUGCCUGGUUUUACACCAGAUACACACGUUUAUUACCUUUUACAAUCAAGGGUGUUGCUGAUGUGCUAUGCACUGCAAAAAAAGCUGAACCAAAACCUAGUUCAGGAUUAUUCAUUCUUUGCCUCUAAUAUGAAUUUCUAAUAAGGGUCGUUUACUUUGUGUGAUGGAAUUAGACAAAUUAAUCAAAGAUACUUUACACGUCAUCAAUUUGUCCACAUUUACUUUGUAUGAUGGGAUUGUCUGAAACAGUGGGGCCCGCAAAUAUGUAAAGGAAAGAUUGGGAUAAAAAAAUCCCUGGAGAACUAAUUUAUUCGUCCAAUAUUUGAUAAGUAGUGGGGUCUGCAGUCCACAUAUGCGUCAAGUGAGAUCAAUUUCAUCUCAAUUCAGGAAAGUAAACACUGUACAAGGGGUGACAAUUUUCACUAUCCAGUCCUAUCCCGUAAAGUAAACGACGCCUAAAUGGAUAAAGACAAAGACUUGUGUAAUUGGGAGAAGGAACGUGUAGCUGUCGUUUUGUCUGUUCAAUAUAGCCUGGAUUAGUCUAUUUAUUUGUGGCUAAUGUAGUAAGUAAAAUCAUUUCAUCCUGAAAAAAAAAAGAGUGAUUUUUCUGUUCUAGUUACUUGGCAGCAUGUCUGAAGAAGAGAAUACUACCUUGAAAAUUUUGAAAAAUUUUAGAUAUGAACCUUGAGCCGCAUUAUUACCCGCUUGAUGCUUUGUUGAUGCUAAAAUAAUUCCAAGAAAAUCAGCAUAUUUUCUCCCUUUUGCUAAA